CGAGAUUGUGCUUUUAGUUGCCUCUAUCAUGCUACAAAUGCAGCUAUCGAACUACGUUAGCUAGCUAACUUGAUAACACGAGCUCCUGCUUUGAAAGUCAGACUUGAUGACAAUUUCUGAGGAAGUACAGUACUGUUACAGUGGAUAAUUGUUUUAGUAUUGUAACUAGAUUGCUGUCUCAAUGAGGACACUUAGAGCACUGCAGAGAUUAAGCAGAGUCCCUGUCUGCCCUUGUCCACCACCAUUAUCUGGUAAGGUCAAUUUCUCUAUUUAGUCUAUGUCUGGCCGUCAGAUAGCUAAGCGAAUGAUAACUAAUAUGCUCUAAUGUUUACGUUUUCUUCUCUAUAGUUAGAUCAUGGAGCGUGGCACAGAGCCAAAGUUGCUCCAGCAGUUCAGCAGAGAAACCAAUGCCAUUAAACUCGAUGCUCAGACACCUAACCUCCAAGAUCAAAGCCACAGGUCCUAUCUCAGUGGCAGAGUACAUGAGAGAGGUUCUCACCAACCCAGUCACGGUAACUACUAGUUACACACACACACACACACACACACACACACACACACACAUUGUAAAGUAACCAGUCAGACUAUGCUAUUACUCUAUAGAAAUGUUUGCUUCAGAGAUGAAGUGGUCUAUUUCAUGUUCCAGGGCUAUUAUAUGCAGAAUGAUAUGCUUAGGCCAGAUGGAGAUUUCAUCACAUCACCCGAAAUUAGUCAGAUCUUUGGGGAGGUAAGCAUUGAUCCAGAACAAUAUUUCAAUUAACAUUAAAUUAAUACAUUUAUGUAUUGUUACAUGAUCAACAGUCUCUUGAUGUUCUAGUCUCUUGAUGUUGUUCCAAUCCCAAUGCCCUGAGUGAUGAUAAUGGUUUGAGCUCAUCACUUCUCUGCCUGUAGUUGCUGGGGAUCUGGUGUUUGAGUGAGUGGAUGGGAGCAGGGAAGCCCAGUCACUUCCAGUUAGUGGAGUUUGGACCAGGAAGAGGCUCCUUGGCCAAUGACAUUUUCAGAGUAUGUAUGUCCAGUCCAGUGCUGCUAAGUCUUACUAUAUUGCAAAAAUGCUGUGUGUGAACACACUAUUCAUGUCAGUUCAAUCUAUGAUCAGUGGAUGGAGCCAUUUCCACAUUUUGCCUGCUAUAUAUUGAAAUUAGUUUUCUUUUAAUCAAAACAUUUCUCUUGAUUUUGGACAGGCACAACCUGUCCUGACCCUCAUCAUGGAUGGGUUUCAGACCAGUGACUCAGAGUCCAUGAUCCAAUGAACUAAACUACACUGUCUCUGUCUGUUUGUCUCUCUGUCUGUCUUUCUGUGUCUGUCUUGUCCAGGUGUUCAGUCAGCUGCGUGGGGCCCUGGGUGAGGCUGCAGUCUCAGUGCACCUGGUGGAGGUGAGUCCUAAACUGAGCCAGGUGCAGGCCCAGUGUCUAACAGGAGACCAGAGCCAGGUGUCGGCCAGCGAGGAUGAGCCUGUGUACCGCCAGGGGACCACCACCACAGGCCUCCCCAUCUCCUGGUAUCGCAACCUGGACGAUGUCCCCAGAGGUAAUAAUUUAUCAUUUUAAAUUAUGAUUAUUUUAGUUAAUCUUAGUUUAGUUUAUCUCAUGUUGGACUACGUCCCCAAAGGUAGACAGGGUAGAAGCUUGGCUGGAGAUUAAUGAUGCAUGCUGUAAUAAUCUAUUGUUUUAGCUAUGGUAAGAUUUUAGUUAAUAGAAUUUACUGUUUGUGAAUUAGCAAAAAAAGGAAUUGUCCGUAGAGCUCCGAGACAGGAUUGUGUCGAGGCACAGAUCUGGGGAAGGGUACCAAAAAAUUUCUGCAGCAUUGAAGGUCCCCAAGAACACAGUCGGCUCCAUCAUUCUUAAAUGGAAGAUGUUUGGAACCACCAAGACUCUUCCUAGAGCUGGCCGCCCAGCCAAACUGAGCAAUCGGGGGAGAAGGGCCUUGGUCAGGGAGGUGAUCAAGAACCCGAUGGUCACUCUGACAGAGCUCUAGAGUUCCUCUGUGGAGAUGGGAGAACCUUCCAGAAGGACAACCAUCUCUGCAGCACUCCACCGAUCAGGCCUUUAUUGUAGAGUAGCCAGACAGAAGCCACUCUUCUGUAAAAGGCACAUGACAGCCCGCUUGGAGUUUGCCAAAAGGCACCUAAAGGACUCUCAGACCAUGAGAAACAAGAUUCUCUGGUCUGAUGAAACCAAGAUUGAACUCUUUGGCCUGAAUGCCAAGCGCCAUGUCUGGAGGAACCCUGGCACCAUCCCUACGGUGAAGCAUGGUGGUGGCAGCAUCAUGCUGUGGGGAUGUUUUUCAGCGGCGGGGACUGGGAGACUAGUCAGGAUCAAGGAAUAGAUGAACGGAGUAAAGUACAGAGAGAUCCUUGAUGAAAACCUGCUCCAGAACGCUCAGGACCUCAGACUGGGGCGAAGUUCACCUUCCAACAGGACAACGACCCUAUGCACACAGCCAAGACACCGCAGGAGCGGCUUCGGGACAAGUCUCUGAAUGUCCUUGAGUGGCCCUGCCAGAGCCCGGACUUGAACCCGAUCGAACAUCUCUGGAGACCUGAAAAUAGCUGUGCAGCAAUGCUCCCCAUCCAACCGGACAGAGCUUGAGAGGAUCUGCAGAGAAGAAUGGGAGAAACUCCCCAAAUACAGGUGUGCCAAGCUUGUAGCAUCCUACCCAAGAAGACUCGAUGCUGGAAUCGCUGCCAAAGGUGCUUCAACAAAGUACUGAGUAAAGGGUCUGAAUACUUAUGUAAAUGUGAUAUUUCAGUUUUGUAUUUUUAAUAAAUUAGCAAACAUUUCGAAAUACCUGUUUUUGCUUUGUCAUUAUGGGGUAUUGUGUGUAGAUUGAUGAGGGGAAAAAACAAUUAAAUCAAUUUUAGAAUAAGGCUGUAACGUAACAAAAUGUGGGAAAAGUCAAGGGGUCUAUAUAUUUUCCUUUAUUAUUUUCCCCUAACCCUACCACCCCUCUCCUAAUUAGAGUAAACUAAUGGACAACAACACCUAGGCUUCUACUUCCAUCUUAUACAUACUAUAUACAUUUUACGGACACAAUGCAACAGUUAUCUUUUGUAUAGCUCAGUUGGUAGAGCAUGGCGCUUGCAACGCCAGGGUUGUGGGUUUGAUUCCCACGGGGGGGCCAGUAUGAAAAUGUAUGCACUCACUAACUGUAAGUCGCUCUGGAUAAGAGCGUCUGCUAAAUUACUAAAAUUUUUGUUUGUAAUCCCAUCCUUCAGCUACCAUUAACCCCUCCCAUCCAUCUCCAAGCCCAUCCAGCUUUAUUUAUACUUUGCCAUAUAUUUUUAACUGUGCUGUUUCACAAAAGUUCCGAACCCAUAUACAUUUUAUGGACACAGCAUAUUUUACGUUACUUAUCUUGUUGUUUUUAAUCCCACCCUUCAGCUCCACUCAACCCCUCCCAUCUAUCCCCCAACACCAUCCAUUAUUUUAUUAUAUUUUCCAUACAUUUUUCAACUGUGCUGUGAUGUUUCACAAAGGUUCUGAACCUUUCUAUUCUCAUAGUUUCUACAGAUUGUAAAUUAAAGAUAAACAAUUUUGCUAAAAGUAUUAUUAUAUUAUUGAUCGAUUGACUAUGACUUUUCAAAUCACCCAGUAGUGCUAUCUGUAGAGUAAGCUCCAGGUAAAUGUUGCACUUCUUCAACCAUUCCUGGACCUGCGACCAAAAACAAGCUACAUAUGGACAGUACCAAAACAAAUGAUCUAAUGAUUCUGUCUCUUCACAGGCAAAAACUGCAGAGCUGGGAUGGUUGUAUCCCCCAUAUAUAUAACAUUCUAUUGGUUGCAAGAAUUUUGUAUAAUCAUUUAGAUUGAACAAUUCUAAGUUCUGAAUCCGGCGUUGUUUUGCCUAUCAGUUCAUAAACCAUGUGCCAUGGAAUCGGUACAUCGCAAAUCUCUUCCCAACUAUUUUGCAAUCUAAAUUGCACAGCUGUCAAUUUUAUUGGUCCUUAAAUGAAACUGGUAUACUUUUUUAUUUAUCACAAUUUUGUUUAACCAAUUUUGGUCUUCAAUGCAGGGCCAACAGACUAGUUCCUUACUUUUUCCCCCUUCUACUUGCCUUUUACAUUUUUGCCGUAAUGCUGCAAUUAGUUGGUUGUAAUUUUGGGUAGAGCAGACAUUUCCAUACAUUUUUGUUAGCUGCAUGUGUGACAACUCCACCAGUCCUAUGAUAUAAUUUGCAAAGAUUAUACCUGUUGUAAAAGUUUUUUUGAAAAAUAAUGUUUUUUUAAAUCAAUUAGUGUAUUUGAGUUCAAUAUUUCUUAUAUUAUUUGUUCUGUCUUUUCUGGUGGAUUAAACUGAAAUUGCAACCAACUUUGUAUGGCUUGUUUUAAAAAUAGCGAUAUUUUGGAGAUUAUUUCAUUUUCAAAUAACCGAAAGUGAGAGGUUGUAAACUGAAUAAAGGGGAAAAGGCCAUUCUUGAACAUGGGGUGAGACAUUCUUAGUAAUCUGCUAGAGAACCAGUUCGGAUUUAAAUAUAACUUUUGUAUGACUGACGCCUUUAGUGAGAGGUCUAAUGCUUUAAUAUGUAAUAAUUUCUGCCCUCCGAAUUCAUAUUCAUUAUAUAAAUAGGCCCGUUUAAUUUUGUCUGGCUUGCCGUUCCAAAUAAAAUGGAAUAUAUUUUGCUCAUAUUACAUUUACAUUUUAGUCAUUUAGCAGACGCUCUUAUCCAGAGCGACUUACAGUUAGUGAGUGCAUACAUUUUUCAUAUAAUUUUAAAAAAACAGGUCGCUAGGUGUAGGCAAGACCAUAAGUAAAUAGGUAAACUGGGAUAUGACUAAAGAGUUAAUCAGGGUGAUUUUUUUUCCCCACAAAUAGACAGGUAUUUUCCUUUCCAUGGUAGCAAAAUCUUAUCUAUUUUUGCUAACUUUCAAUUAAAAUGUAUUGUAGUAAGAUCAUUUCUUUAUUUCGGGAUAUGUAUACCGAGUAUGUCCACAUCACCGUCAGACCAUUUUAUUGGUAAACUACAUGGUAAUGUAAAAGUUGUAUUUUUUAGUGAUCCAAUACGUAAUAUAGGACACUUAUCAUAAUUUUGUUGUAAUCCAGAGAGGUUAGAAAUAGUAUCUAGAUCCUCUGAGGCUGUGGAGGGAUCCAAAUUGUGGAUUUAAAAGAAAGCAUGAAUCAUCAGCGUACAAUGACAUCUUUGUUUUUAAGCCCUUGAUUUCUAACCCCUUGAUAUUAUUGUUGGAUCUGAUUUUAAUAGCUAACAUUUCGAUGGCCAUAAUAAAUAGAUAUGCCGAUAGUGGACAACUUUGUUUUACUCCUCUUGACAGUUUAAUACUUUCAGAGAAGUAGCCAUUAUUUACUAUUUUACACCUAGGGUUACUAUACAUAACUUUAACCCAUUUUAUAAGAGAUUUUCAGAAAUUGAAAUGUUCCAGGCAUUUAUAUAUAUAUUCCAGUCGUACUUUAUCAAAAGCUUUUUCAAAGUCAGCUAUGAAUAGCAGGCCUGGUUUCCCAGAUUUGUCAUAGUGUUUGAUUGUUUCCAGUACUUGUCUUAUAUUAUCUCCAAUGUGUCGUCCAUGUAAAAAAAAAACCUGUCUGAAUAGGGUAAAUAAUAUCCGACAAUAUAUUUUUAAUUCUAUGCGCUAUGCAUUUUGCUAGAAUUUUUGCAACACAACACUGAAGUGUAAGGGGCUUCCAACUUUUUAAAUGGACCGGAUCUUUAUAUUUACCACUUGGAUCCUGUUUCAGUAAUAAGGAAAUCACACCUUCUUGUUGAGUAUCUGAUAAUCUAUAAUUUUUGUAGGAGUGGUUAAAACAUGCUAAUAACGGUCCUCUGAGUAUAUCUAAAAAGGUUUGGUAUACCUCCACUGGUAUGCCAUCACAACCCUGGAGUUUUCCCAGACUUAAAGUCUUUAAUUGUAUCAAGAAGUUCCUCCUCUGUAAUUUGGCCUUCACAUGAGUAUUUCUGUACAGCUGUUAAUUUUACAUUAUUAAUAGAAAAAAAUCCAUACAGUUAUCUUCGGUUAGUGGAGAUGGAGGAGAAUGAAACGAAAAAAUGUGCUUAAAGUACUUUGCUUCCUCUUUCAAAAUAUUGUUUGGUGAAUCAUGGGUGACUCCAUCAUUUGUCACAAGUUUCAGUAAAUUAUUUUUGGUAGCAUUUCAUGUCAAAGAUUAAAUCAUAAUUUGGUGGCAUUUUUCCCCAUGUUCCAUCCAGUUCGCUUAAUUUUUAUAAUAUAUUACACGUGAUCUUUCUUGAAUAAGUUCCUCCAUUUAUUUUUGUUUUUCCUCUAACUUGUUCUGUGCCUCUAUGGUACAGUUGUUAUUGCUAUCUAUUUGUACUAUUAGUCCUUCCACUUCCAAUUAGCUAUUUAUUGGCAUUUUUUAUUUCAAACAGGCUUCAGCAUCUACCUCGCUCAUGAGUUCUUUGAUGCCUUACCCAUCCACAAAUUCCAGGUACAUUUACUUCACCAGCUAUUUUGAUUAUAUAUACUCUAUAUAAUUGCUCCUGUAAGUCGCUCUGGAUAAGAGCGUCUGCUAAAUGACAAAAAAUAAAUAAUAAUAUAUAUAUAUAUAUAUAUAUAUAUAUAUAUAUAUAUAUAUAUAUAUAUAUAUAUAUAUAUAUACAGUGAGGGAAAAAAGUAUUUGAUCCCCUGCUGAUUUUGUACGUUUGCCCACUGACAAAGAAAUGAUCAGUCUAUAAUUUUAAUGGUAGGUUCAUUUGAACAGUGAGAGACAGAAUAACAACAAAAAAAUCCAGAAUAACGCAUGUCAAAAAUGUUAUACAUUGAUUUGCAUUUUAAUGAGGGAAAUAAGUAUUUGACCCCUCUGCAAAACAUUACUUAGUACUUGGUGGCAAAACCCUUGUUGGCAAUCACAGAGGUCAGAUGUUUCUUGUAGUUGGCCACCAGGUUUGCACACAUCUCAGGAGGGAUUUUGUCCCACUCCUCUUUGCAGAUCUUCUCCAAGUCAUUAAGGUUUCGAGGCUGACGUUUGGCAACUCGAACCUUCAGCUCCCUCCACAGAUUUUCUAUGGGAUUAAGGCCUGGAGACUGGCUAGGCCACUCCAGGACCUUAAUGUGCUUCUUCUUGAGCCACUCCUUUGUUGCCUUGGCCGUGUGUUUUGGGUCAUUGUCAUGCUGGAAUACCCAUCCACGACCCAUUUUCAAUGCCCUGGCUAAGGGAAGGAGGUUCUCACCCAAGAUUUGACGGUACAUGGCCCCGUCCAUCGUCCCUUUGAUGCAGUGAAGUUGUCCUGUCCCCUUAGCAGAAAAACACCCCCAAAGCAUAAUGUUUCCACCUCCAUGUUUGACGGUGGGGAUGGUGUUCUUGGGGUCAUAGGCAGCAUUCCUCCUCCUCCAAACACGGCGAGUUGAGUUGAUGCCAAAGAGCUCGAUUUUGGUCUCAUCUGACCACAACACUUUCACCCAGUUCUCCUCUGAAUCAUUCAGAUGUUCAUUGGCAAACUUCAGACGGCCCUGUAUAUGUGCUUUCUUGAGCAGGGGGACCUUGCGGGCUCUGCAGGAUUUCAGUCCUUCACGGCGUAGUGUGUUACCAAUUGUUUUCUUGGUGACUAUGGUCCCAGCUGCCUUGAGAUCAUUGACAAGAUCCUCCCGUGUAGUUCUGGGCUGAUUCCUCACCGUUCUCAUGAUCAUUGCAAUUCCACGAGGUGAGAUCUUGCAUGGAGCCCCAGGCCGAAGGAGAUUGACAGUUCUUUUGCGAAUAAUCGCACCAACUGUUGUCACCUUCUCACCAAGCUGCUUGGCGAUGGUCUUGUAGCCCAUUCCAGCCUUGUGUAGGUCUACAAUCUUGUCCCUGACAUCCUUGGAGAGCUCUUUGGUCUUGGCCAUGGUGGAGAGUUUGGAAUCUGAUUGAUUGAUUUCUUCUGUGGACAGGUGUCUUUUAUACAGGUAACAAACUGAGAUUAGGAGCACUCCCUUUAAGAGUGUGCUCCUAAUCUCAGCUCGUUACCUGUAUAAAAGACACCUGGGAGCCAGAAAUCUUUCUGAUUGAGAGGGGGUGAAAUACUUAUUUCCCUCAUUUAAAAUGCAAAUCAAUAUAUAACAUUUUUGACAUGCGUUUUUCUGGAUUAUUUUUUUGUUAUUCUGUCUCUCACUGUUCAAGUAAACCUACCAUUAAAAUUAUAGACUGAUAAUUUCUUUGUCAGUGGGCAAACGUACAAAAUCAGCAGGGGAUCAAAUAGUUUUUUCCCUCACUGUAUAUAGAUCUUGAUAGCAGAUCACAAAGAAUUGAGAAAAAUGUAUUGUAAUUACCAUUUGAUCCAUUGCGUUGUGUGGUGCAUUGAUUGUGAUGUGGGCACAGAGAACAGAGAAGGGCUGGAGGGAGGUGAUGGUGGAUAUUGACCCAGAUGAGCCAGGCAAGCUGAGGCUUGUCAUAGUGCCAGCUCCCACUCUGGCCUCUACUCAACUCAUACAGGUGAGUGCUGCGUGUUGAUGCUUAACUCAGACCAUCUUUAAUAACAAAUACAAAAAUCGUAUCACAUUUAGUUUGUAUGUAUCAGUUGAAAGAUUCAAAUGAAAAUGAUCGUAAGCAUUUUAUCAGAUUUAUCUAAAUUUAGCAAUCGCUGAUGUUCAAUGUGAAUGGAUGUCUCCUAGAUUGAAAAAAAAAAAAAAACGGUUAUAUAUCUUUGCUAAACCUACCUGUACACUACCAGUCAAAAGUUUAGACACACCUACUCAUUCAAGGGUUGUUCUUCAUUUUUACAAUUUUCUACAUUGUAGAAUAAUAGUGAAGACAUCAAAACUAUGAAAUAACACAUAUGGAAUCAUGUAGUAACCAAAAAAGUGUUAAACAAAUCAAAAUAUAUUUUAUAUUUGAGAUUCUUCAAAGUAGCCACCCCUUGCCUUGAUGACAGCUUUGCACACUCUUGGCAUUCUCUCAACCAACUUCAUGAGGUAGUCACCUGGAAUGCAUUUCAAUUAACAGGUGUACCUUGUUAAUUUGUGGAAUUUAUUUCCUUCUUAAUGCGUUUGAGCCAAUCAGUUGUGUUGUGACAAGGUAAGGGGGGUGGGGGGGUAAACAGAAGAUAGCCCUAUUUGGUAAAAGACCAAGUCCAUAUUAUGGCAAGAACAGCUCAAAUAAGCAAAGAGAAACGACAGUCCAUUACUUUAAGACAUGAAGGUCAGUCAAUACGGAACAUUUCAAUAACUUUUAAAGUUCUUCAAGUGCAGUCACAAAAACCAUCAAGCGCUAUGAUGAAAUUGGCUCUCAUGAGGACCGCCACAGGAAUGGAAGACCCAGAGUUACCUCUGCUGCAGAGGAUAAGUUCAUUAGAGUUACCAGCCUCAGAAAUUGCAGCCCAAAUAAAUGCUUCACAGAGUUCAAGUAACAGACACAUCUCAACAUCAACUGUUCAGAGGAGACUGUGUGAAUCAGGCCUUUAUGGUCGAAUUGCUGCAAAGAAACCACUACUAAAGGACCAAUUAGAAAAAGAGACUUGCUUGGGCCAAGAAACAUGAGCAAUGGAAAUUAGACCAGUGGAAAGUUGUGCUUUGGUCUGGAUCCAAAUUUGAGAUUUUUGGUUCCAACCGCCGUGUCUUUGUGAGACGCCGUGUCUUUGUGAGACGCGGUGUGGGUGAACGGAUGAUCUCUGCAUGUGUUUUUCCCACCGUAAAGCAUGGAGGAGGAGGUGUUAUGGUGUGGGGGUGCUUUGCUGGUGACACUGUCUGUGAUGUAUUUAGAAUUCAAGGCACACUUAACCAGCAUGGCUACCACAGCAUUCUGCAGCGAUACGCCAUCCCAUCUGGUUUGGGCUUAGUGGGACUAUCAUUUGUUUUUCAACAGGACAAAGACCCAAUACACCUCCAGGAUACCAAGAGUGUCUACUUUGAAGAAUCUUAAAAUCUAAAAUAUAUUUUGAUUUGUUUAACACUUUUUUGGUUACUACAUGAUUCCAUAUGUGCUAUUUCAUAGUUCUGAUGUCUUCACUAUUAUUCUACAAUGUAGAAAAUAGUAAAAAUAAAGAAAAACCCUUGAAUGAGUAGGUGUGUCCAAACUUUUGACUGGUACUGUACAUUGACACAAACACACUCAAAUUGCUCGACAAACUACUUUUUCCUUAAAAGUCUGAACGUCUGUGCAGCAUCUGGUUUUUAUUACCGGUGUUUAUGCAGUAUAUACAGUACCAACGUAUUUAAUCUGGCCUCUCUGGAAGAGUGCAGGGGCUUUGAACAGUGUGCCAAAGCCUUACAUCAUGAGUGAGCUUGGGUGAAACCCCCUUACUGGUUUAAAAUCCUGGCUAAUGGCUGCAGCCCCUGCCUGACUGUGUAUCUCAGGUUCCACAUACUGUAGUAGAGUUUGUUAACCUUAACGCUGUUCUCACUGCGCUCGCCAGGUAAAAGCCCUACAUAAUCUUAUCAGUUGCUCUGUCAUCUCUGUGGUCUAAUGGGGUUUUCCAUUACAAGUAGACAGGCCUAUAGGUUUUAAUACUCCACUUUAGUCUCUUUUUCCCCUCAUAGAUGUCCCAACGUGUGUUCCCUGAUAGUCUAAGGGUCUGUCACAAAUCGCACCCUAUUCCCUUUAUAGUGCACUACUUUUGACCAGGCCCAAUAGGGCUCUGAUCGAUAGUAGUGCACUAUAUAGGGAAUAGGGUGCCAUUUGGGACGUAUCCUAACCCACCAAAGCUAUCCCCUGCUCGUUUUGUGAUGCCUUGGGGCUUAGAGCCAGUGCUGCUAAGUGGAGAUGAAUUGGAAGCAAUGUCAUGUAUAAUUGCUGAUGUGUGUGCUCAGGCCCAGACGAGGUAAGCAGAGCUGCUCUUGUUUUUGUUCUGAAACCCCUCACCUCCUAGGCAGGUGAAAAGAGACGGCACGUGGAGGUCUGCCCGGACGGAGGGGUCAUCGUCCAGCGCCUAGCCAAUCGGAUCGCCGAAGACGGGGGUGCAGCAUUGAUUGCUGACUACGGGCACGACGGGACCAAGAUGGACACGUUCAGAGUAAGUGUCAGCAUGUCUCCAACAUGGCCCGUUUAUCAGCAGGUUUUAAUAUGGUCUGUGUGUGUGUGACUGUGAGUCUCUGUGUGUAUGGUAAAGUGAUUAGCCGAGCAAGCCUCAGCUACAAGGAAACAGAUGCAGGAAGCCGACAUGCCUCUCUUGCCCUUUGCUGGUAGGCACACGGAAAUCAGGGUCAACUGCCCUCCAGUCCUGUUCCUGGGGUUCCACCCUAACCCAGCCCCAUCUGGCCCCUAUUAAGAGGGGUGGGCUCUGCCUGGUUCCCUGGCUCUGAGACUCACUGAUGUGUGUGAUGAAAAGGGGGGGAGAGGUUCAAGCAAGCGGCCCCCUCCUUCAAAAGACGGGGAAUCACAGAAUCCCAUCUGUUAACAAGGCAGCCAUGUUCCAGGCAGGCUCACACUUAUGUCACUAGAUGAAGAUAUUAUCAAUCGUUGCUCAUGAGAGGAGAGACCUGAUUUGGUAUAAAAAAAGGGAAUUAUUUCAGAUCAAUGCAAUUUUUAACAACUAACGAAUUAAAUCCAAUGAAAAUGUUAGAAUACACAAAUAAGGAACUGUAGUAGUCAUACGUCAUGUCUACCAUUUCUGUCAAUACACCAGAACACCUCUCCUGUCCCCCACCCCCAGGGUUUUAAAGGUCAUAAGCUCCAUGAUGUCCUAGCCUCCCCCGGCUCUGCUGACCUGACUGCUGACGUGGACUACAGUUACCUGAGGAGGAUGGCUGGAGCUACGGUGGCCUGCAUGGGCCCUGUCUCUCAGAGGGACUUCCUGAAAAAUAUGGGCAUCGAUACACGCUUACAGGUGGGAAGGAGCACUGUGUUCACACUUCCCUGUUCCACUUAUUUAUACAUGGGGCUAAGGUGACCACUGUAUUAACAAUCAGUUUGUAUCCGUUUCUUUCAAAGCAUUAAGUUAAGUGGAUGCUCAUGGUUUUCAACUGGCCGAUUGGGGCUUUUAAGAUAACUUGGGCUUUUACUUUGCCCUCUACUCAAUUAGCUUUGUCUAAUUCUAACGUUGUGUCUUCAGGUUCUGCUGAGGAACUGUGCAGCCCCGUCCACAAGGUCCCAGUUGAUCCAGGGCUAUGACAUGCUGACCAACCCCCUGAAGAUGGGCGAGAGGUUCCAGUUCUUCACCAUGCUCAACCACAGUCGCCUCACCAGGACCGAGCCUGAGCAGUCCAAGGGGGGGAAGAAGAUGGCCCCAGUGCCCAAGAAGGGCCCAGCGCCCCUGCCUGUGGCUGGCUUCAGUGAGCUUGGCCUCUCGUAAAGAACGGACCCAGAUACUCACCAUGGGUUCCUCUGCACUGCAGAGGCUGUGUGUCAACUCACCUGUGAAGGCACUUAAAAGUUGCACCCAUAAAUGUUAUACUAUACCUUGCUUAUACAUUUACAUUUGACGUUUUAGUCAUUUAGCAGACUAUCUAGAGCGACUUACUUAUUUUCAUACUUGUUUCGUACUGGUCCCCUGUGGGAAUCGAACCCACAAUCCUGGCAUUGCAAGCGCCAUGCUCUACCAACUGAGCCACACGGGAUUAUGUACACAAGACCCUCGGAAGCUAUAGGGUUUGGUCUGACUGUGGUGUGAGUUUGGUUUGAAAAGUUGAACUGAUGUGCUGAUAAAAUUUUAAGAAUUAUGCACCUUACCUCACUGAAGGAAGAUGGUGACUGACAUCUUUCUCUAUCAUGUAUAUGUUCAUUAGACCAACAUAUAAUUCAGAGUGGUAGAGAAUGU